AUGGUCCAAUUAAAUUUUACAAACUUUCCUCCAGAAUUUAUUAUUUUUAAAAUCCAAGAAGUUUAUAAUAUGACUGAAGACAUCUGCCCAUUAUUCGGAUGGGAUGACCCUGUUCCGAAUGAAUUCAAAGAGAUAUUCUCUAAAUAUAUCAAGUAAGAGUUUAAAUGAUUGUUAUAGUGAGUAAUACUCCCGAAAGUGUAGUAGCACAUUAGAAGAAUCCUUAAGUAGUUGAGUUGUGUGUAUAUUUUUAGUAGUGGACGAGGAUUAAGAGAUAAUAGGAAAGAGCCAAAAUGAAAAUUCAAUCUGCCCACUUUGUUAUCAAAAUUUUCAAUUAAGUCAUAUUCAAUUGUAUUCUAAUAUACUAUUCCAGUACUUUUAUGUCCAUACUUAAUGUGUCCUCACUUGUAAACAUAAAACAGCAUAACUUGCUCUAUUAACAGAUUAAAUCUAGCAUGCUCAAAUAAUGGAGCAAGUGCCAUUAGACUAUGACUUAAUGGAUCUAAAUGUCAAAGUCUUUGUGGAAUUCAAAGUAUAUCACUCUAUUGCACAAUAACCAUAACUCAAUCUAACUCAUUCCACAACUCUCAAAUAGAAGAAAAAUACUUCCAUCUUAUUAGAUUAUGCAAAUCUCAGAGAAUAAUUUGGAAAAAAAUAACAACACUUUAUACGAUUGAUGUAAGGUUUUGUACAAAUUGAUGUUUACAUAAUGGAUAGUAAUCUAAUGCAAGAAUCUAAAAAUGUUCAUAAUUAUGAAUUCUACUAUUAAUGCAAGCAAAGUUUCAAAUGA